AUGGAAGAGGAGCUUCAAAACUUGAGGGAGGUCGUACUCCAACAGGAAGCAGCCCUAAACCUACUCAGGCAACAACAACAACAACAGCAACAAUCAACCCAAUGGAUGUCCAACAAAGACGUAAUUCAGCAGUUCCGUCAACUAAGACAGUUGGACGACCAACAUGACGUGUUGGCUUUCAUAAAAUCUGUCGAAUUUCUUAUGGCGCUAUGCCAGGGAAACGAGCUAUUGAUUCAAUUCGGCACAAACAUUGUUGCCAAUGAAAAAGUCUCAGGAGCAGCAGCGAACUUUGUCAGACAAUUGGGGAUGGAGCCGAGCUGGGAACAGAUGAAAGCCAAGCUGAUGCAACAAAUGCGGCCCAAGACGACUUACGAAGAUGUGUUCGACAGAUGCAGAUUCAUUAAAGGUAUAUCUAUGCAUGCCUUAGAAACAAAGUAUUCAAACAUCAAAGCACUGGAUGACCCCAGAGCUAUAUCACAAAGGUACAGGAAAAUAUCUAACAACACAUUCAAUAAACAAAAUAACACUAACAAUAACACUGUCACCACUAACAACAAGCCAAGCCAAAAUAACCAGUCCCAUAAUAAUAAUAACAAUAACAAUGCCAGACAAAGUCUGAAUGGACGGUCGAAUCCCAAUCAUAACGCCGGCACACCUCAGAGCGAUCAGGCAAUUCAACAAUCGUAUAACAGGCCACAACCCGUUCAAAUUCAAAAUUCUAAACCCAACCAUAAUAACAAUUAUAACAAUAGGAACAACGGUUCAAGACAGACAAGAAUGUCUCAUAUGAGCGUUGACACCCAAAGGAACGAUUACAUGGCUAUGGAGAUCGGAACUUUGGAAGAAAAUCGGGCAGAAGAAGAGGAAGAGAUAAAUUUUUUGAUACCUUGCCUAGAGAAACCGGAGUACAACUUCCACAUAGAAUACAUAAAAGGGAAAAAUAACAAUAUCGCUGAUUUCCUGAGUAGGAUCAGAGAGGACGAGAUAAACAUAAUGGAGGUCGAAUCAACCGACGAGGAAGACAAUAGGUCCUUAGGCGUUCAAACGGUUCACUCUAAAGAAGAAGAUCAGGGUUUCGACAUGCCUAUCCUAGAAACAGCCGUUAACAGAUUCAAAGUACAGCUAAUUUUUGCGGAGAGAAAACCUGAGGCCAUCGUACAGGUGUUCGGAAAAAAAAGAAUUUACAUUAGCAAAAAAGACUUGGAAGAUAACCAAGCAGUAAACACCCUCCGACGAGAAAUAACAACAGGAAAAAUAGGAGUUUUCUCACACCUUAGCGACCAUGAGUUUUACCAAUUCCAGAAAAUACUAGAAAAAGGAUAUACCUCCAACCCGAAGUUUGUCUUCGACAACGAAUUCAAUAGUUUAAACGUCAAAGAAUUUUUAGAAAAGGAAGGUAUAGAAUACCACUCAACCAAACCAAAUAGUCACACCGGGAAUAGUGACGUCGAAAGGCUUAACAAUACAUUGACGGAGAAAAUCCGCACCCUAAACAUAGAAGAGAAAAGACCCAUAAUUGAACAAAUGGCAAAAACUGUAUACUUCUACAAUAACACUUACCACACCACCACAAAAUCCACACCGUUUGAAAUACAAAAUCAUAAAGUAGAUCAUCAGAAAUUGUACGACAGAAUGUCAGCACAAAAAACCGAGAAAAUAAAGAAACUAAAUGAAAAUAGGGAAACUUACAUAGAAAAUAGAACAGAAGGAUUUAUAAGAAAUUAUAAAAUCCUAAGACACAAAGAAGAACCGAAAUUCAGGAAAGCAAAUUUACAGAAUAUCCAUACAACAAACAUUAAAAGACCUACAAAAUUUUCAGAUAACAAUUACAAUUCUCAUCAUGUGCCUGUUGCCAACGCUGUCGACAGCAAUGAUCAAUAUAACACCAAUCCGGGCUGA